CCUCCCGGCCCCGAGCCCUUAUCCCUCUCUCCCUCGGAGCUCCUGGCGAUGGCGACUGCCCUUAGAGCCCCCACCGCCUUUCGGCCGCCACUUCCACCUCUGUCUUCCACUUCUCAUAAACCCUUAUGCGUCUCCCUGAAACACGCCAGUAGUUUCAGACCAUUUUCUGUAGCCUCUCCGCAGUUGGGGAAUACAGCAUCGCAACGGGUGGUAAAGCUUGUGCCCUUUGCUUUCAAUGGGGAAGCCGACACCGCUGAGGCUCAGGAAGUUCACGAACCAGAAGUCCUGGAUUCCUCAGAUGGUGCUGCCGGUGCAGAGGAUGAUACAGGUGACAAUGAAGUUAUUGAUGCUGAGGAAACACCCGAUUCACCCCUUCUAACGUUAUUUCAGUCUUACAAAGAAGCAGUAACUAAUAAUGAUGAAACCAAAAUUAUUGAGUUGGAGUCAUCGUUGAAAUCCAUUGAAGAUGAGAAAAAUGGUCUUGAACGAAAAGUCGCUUCUUUAUCUGAAGAGUUAUCAAUAGAAAAAGAGCGGGUUCUGAGAAUUAGUGCUGACUUUGACAAUUUCCGCAAGAGGACCGAAAGAGAACGCCUUUCACUGGUUACAAAUGCUGAAGGGGAAGUUGUGGAAAGUUUAUUGCCAGUACUGGAUAAUUUUGAGAGAGCAAAAACUCAGAUCAAGGUGGAGACAGAGGGAGAGGAAAAGAUAAAUAACAGCUACCAAAGCAUAUAUAAACAGUUCAUUGAAAUUCUAACCUCGCUUGGAGUUGAACCUGUGGAGACAGUUGGAAAACCUUUUGAUCCUAUGCUGCACGAAGCAAUUAUGCGUGAAGAUUCCACCGAAUUUGAGGAGGACAUCAUAAUUGAAGAAUUCAGGAAGGGUUUCAAACUCGGGGAAAGACUCUUGCGUCCUUCAAUGGUGAAGGUAUCAGCUGGCCCAGGACCUGCAAAGCCUGAGGGGGAAGAACCGCAAGAACAGGAUACAAGUGAAACUCCUGAGAGUAGUCAAGAAAGUGAGGGCAGUGCAGAAUCGGAGUCUGCAUGAAUGAUCAAUUUUUUUGCGCCUGGGUUCAUUUUUCUAGAAGUAGCAGUAAGUUCAAUAACCAGAAGUAUAAUGUUGGAUUUGAAAGUUGCGAAAGAAACAUUGGAGCGUGGCUCUUACUAAAGAAAGAAGAUUCUGUUUGUAAGGUUUUGAAUUGCGAUUUCAGCUUUGCAUGGCUUCGUAGAGUUGAGCUAUUUCUCAUGAAUGCUUUGUUCCAGGAAUUCACAAUUCUUCGCUUGAUAAAGAAUCCCCCCCCCCGGGUGGCCCUUCUCAAA